AAAAAAAUUGCAAUCAUGUCUACUCCAGAAAAAAUUUUAAAACGAAAAAUGAAUAAAAAAAUUAAAUGUAGAAAAGAAGCAUUGGAAAAAAAUAAGUUGAGACUUAAAGAAAUGAAUGGUGAAAAGAAAGAAAAAGUAAAUCUACCAGUCAGUGGUGCUGAAAAAAGGCCAAUAUCUGAAGAAACUUCUGUUAAAAAAAAAAAGAAGAUGAAGAAAAAUAAUGAUGAAGCCAACGAUGAUGCGCCAGUUGAAGUUUCAAGUAAACAGAAAAAACUAAUUAGAGUUACAAAUGGUAACAAUUCUGAUUCAAAAGAUCACGAUGAUGACAAUCUUAAUGACAAUGAAAAUAGUAGUGAUAAUGAAGACAAUCAGACAAAUGAUGAUUCGAAUUCAAAAAAUCAUAAUAAUGAUGAAGGAGAUGAAAGUAAUGAAGAAGACGAUGAUGAUGAUGAUGAUAAUGAUCAGGCAACCACAAACUUACCUGGUUCUUCAGUUGGUUUCGAAGUAUCAAUGGACAGAUCGUUUGAUUCCCUAAAAGAUAAAGUUUGUGAAAAUACUCUUAGAGCUAUAAAAGAUAUGGGCUUUGAAAAUAUGACCGAAAUCCAAGCCAAAGCAAUCCCUCCAUUGCUUGAAGGUCGCGAUCUUGUCGGUGCUGCUAAAACUGGCUCUGGAAAAACUCUGGCAUUUCUUGUUCCCGCUGUUGAACUUAUAUAUAAAUUACAAUUCAUGCCACGAAGAGGCACUGGAUGCGUUAUUAUUUCACCGACACGUGAGCUGGCAAUGCAAACAUUUGAAGUUCUGAAAGAGCUGAUGAAGUAUCAUCACCAUACUUAUGGUUUACUGAUGGGUGGUACUAGUAGGCAAGCCGAAGCGCAAAAACUUUCUAAAGGGAUAAAUAUUUUGGUAGUCACGCCCGGUAGAUUAAUAGAUCAUCUUCAAAACACUCCUGAUUUUCUUUAUAAAAACCUGCAGUGUCUUGUUAUUGAUGAAGCUGAUCGUAUUCUUGAUAUUGGUUUUGAGGAAGAUCUCAGACAAAUUAUCAAUUUAUUGCCAAAAAGAAGACAAACAAUGUUAUUCAGCGCAACUCAAACAAAAAAAACAGAGGCACUAACAGCCUUGGCAUUAAAAAAAGAACCGAUAUACAUUGGUGUGGAUGACGACAAAGAUCAAGCGACUGUUGAUGGUUUAGAGCAAGGUUAUGUUUUAUGUCCCAGUGAAAGAAGAUUUCUUUUGCUAUUUACAUUCCUGAAAAAAAACCGCACGAAGAAAAUAAUGGUCUUUUUUAGCUCUUGUAUGUCGGUUAAAUAUCACAAUGAAUUAUUAAACUAUAUUGAUUUACCCGUAAUGUGUAUUCACGGAAAACAAAAGCAAACGAAACGUACGGCUACGUUUUACCAAUUUAGUAAUGCAUCGGAAGGAAUCCUUUUAUGUACUGACGUUGCUGCAAGAGGUCUUGAUAUUCCUGCAGUUGAUUGGAUCGUUCAGUACGAUCCUCCAGAUGACCCUAAGGAAUAUAUCCAUCGAGUUGGUCGUACAGCGCGUGGUGAAGGCAGCAGUGGUCGUGCUCUCUUAAUUCUUCGUCCCGAAGAACUCGGCUUUCUUCGUUACCUCAAAAAGGCCCGUGUCACCGUAAACGAAUUCGAUUUCUCGUGGAAUAAAAUCGCAAAUAUCCAGCUCCAAUUGGAACAAAUAAUAGGAAAAAAUUAUCAUCUGAAUUCUUCAGCGAAAGAAGCAUUUAAAUCGUACCUUAGAGCUUACGAUUCACAUCAUCUUAAACAGAUAUUCGACAUAGAAACACUGGAUGUCGGCCAAGUUGCCAAAUCAUUUGGAUUUACCACACCGCCUAAAGUUGAUUUAAAAGUGGGAGUCAGUAAAGCAUCAAGACCACGGAACCGACUUGGUGGCGGUGGAUAUGGAUAUCUGAAUAAUAUGAACAAUUCUAAAGGCGGACGAGAAGUACAAAAGACUAAAAUAUACCGUCAAGUAGGAAACAAAAAUAAGAAUUCACAGAAAUUCUCAAAAUAAUAAUAAUAAUAAAUUUUAUUAAAAUAAUAAAAUAAAAUAAAUAUAAAUAAAAAAAUUU